AUGAGACUCGCGCGCCCAGUAGUAUACUUUGCGCUAUCGUUUCUCCCAACUGCUUUCGCAGAUAUCGAGUUCAUCGAACCAACAGCCGGUGCGGUCAUCAGAGCUGGGGAUGUGGUUACUGCUCACUGGAGGGACUCUGGCGCAUUACCUCGACUUGCUUCCCUCGUACAGUAUGACCUCUAUCUUUGUGCAGGCGGAGACACAGCAGGAUCCAAUGAGGAUGUAGCUCUCCUCGUCAAAGACGCGCUCUUUACCAGGGGCAAUUCAGUCUCAUUCAAUAUUGAUCCCGAGGUUGGCGGCAAUGAUGCGAACGCAUACUUUCUUAGGAUUGCCGCUUCUGGUCCUGAAACCUCUGUUGUCAACUACUCGGAUCGCUUCACCCUCACGAACAUGACUGGCUCAUUCUCACCGACUGUCCUAAAUGGACUUCAUUCGGCCAUGCACCCUACAGACUCCUUCCCUUCGAGCCUUGAGGAUGACAAUCACGAAGAACUACGAAAGAGACAGGUGGCUGGGCCCUUCACGAUUCCCUAUCAGUUGCAGACUGGACCUACAAGAUACGCACCCAUGGCCAAGAAGCCUGGAAGUACAAUUCCGCCGGGAACACCAACACCCCAAUAUCCAACGAGCGCGUAUUCCGUUGCUACAACUUAUCUACCUCAGGCUACCGUUCAGAUGACACUGUCCGCCUCAGAAACAUACUCCGUCGUUAGCAUUGAAAAUACAGCUUCUCCUGCACCACAUGCCGGAGAUACUAAAAUGAAGCGGUUUUUGGAAAGAUGGAAAGAUUGA